AUGCCUCAAGACAAUCAACAGCCUACCGAGCACAAGACGCCCUUCUUCGAGAACAUCCUCCACCACCACGACCACCAUAACAAGCAUGGCAACGAGGGCCAGACUGCCGAGGACAAGUCACAGGACAGCGAGGGCGGGCUGCGUUCCGAACUGAAGAAGGACGAGGAAAGCCUCAAGCAAUACUUUAAAGAGGAUAAGCAGCUCGAAGAAGAGGGUCAAACCUAUGGAGGCUUGAUGUAG